AUGAGAACAGAGGACGUCCUCAUUUCAAUGCGUGUGGGCGACGGAGUUGCAAACGACUAUCAGCAGCUGAAGGCGGCUUUUGAGAAAUACUUCGUCCCACGACGUAACGUGAUAUAUGAGCGCGCACGCGUCAACUUACGCUGCCAACUGGAACAUGAAGCAGUGGAAACCUUCACCAAGGAACUCCACCGUCUUGCAGAAACGUGCGACUUUGGAUCACUUCAGGGCCAACUGAUUCGGGAUAGGUUGGUUGUUGGGCUGCGAGAUCGUCGCCUGAGUGAACGUCUACAACUGGACUCGGAGCUGAAGCUCGAGAAAGCGGUAAGCAUGGCCCGCAAUUCCGAAGCAGUAAAAGGACAGCAGAGCGUUCUGCGCGGACGUGAAACUCCCCUUGAGCCUCCCACCGGAAACCCAACAUUCGAUGCCCUCACAUCGACAAAGUCUGCGGUACGCAAAGGAAGGCACACUGAAGCGCCGGGCCGAGCGCGAGCACAACGAGCCAGUAUGCGCCACGAAAGCUAUAGGGCGGACUCAAGGACCUGCAAGUGGUGUGGAUCGAGCAACGGUCACCCCAGGACUCAGUGUCCUGCUCAAGGGAAGACUUGUAUGUCCUGCAAGAAGGUGGGCCACUUCGCCUCAGUAUGCAUGUCAAGUGUGCCCACGACAAAUUGA